CUGCAUGCCCCUGGCUCCGUCAUACAGAAGGAAAAUGACAAGAAGAUCCUGGAACUCAUCUCCAACAUCAUCCAGCUGCUGACUGGAGAGGUUGCCAUAAGGUGUGAGGAUGUUUCCAUCUAUUUUUCCUUGGAGGAGUGGGAGUAUAUAAAAGGAAACAAGGCCCUUUACAGGGAAGGGAUAAAGGAGGAGGAGGAGCCCCAGCAGCUCCGCCCACUGGCAGCCUGUGAGUAUAAAGAUGGGAGCGAUGUUACAGCACAUACGGAAGCAACUUUAUGUUGUAAUAAUGAUGGGAAUCUCACAAACCCUGAUGUUUCUCCAGCGGAACAGCCCCCACCGGCCAAUGGGAUGAAAGAGGAGGCGGCUUCAUGGGAAGGGGGAAACCAAUCAGAUUGCAGCAUUAAUCCCCUUACAGAACAGAUACAGGGAACAGACACACCUGCUCCUAUCAUGGGGUGCAGCCUGAAUAACAGCUCGGCAGUUAAUUAUGCAUCAAAGGAGGUAAAGGAGGAGUUAAUUUAUUCAUGUGAAGGGGGAAACCAAUCAGAUUGCAGCAUUGAUCCCCUUACAGACCAGAUACAGGGAACAAAUACUCCUAUCAUGGGGAGCAGCCAGAAUACCUUACAAAUGACGGGUAAUAAUCAUGAUGAAAAUUCCCACCAAUCUCCACACAAAUCUCACAUAACAAACAAUAAAUUACAUAGGAAAUACAGCUGCAAUGAGACUCACAAAGGGGAGAAGCCAUUUUUAUGUUCUCAAUGUGGGAAAUGUUUUUCCCACCAAUUCGAAUUGAAAGUUCAUUAUGGAACCCACACAGGGGAGAAACCAUUUUCAUGUUCUGAAUGUGGGAAAUGUUUUUCAACCCAAUCUCAACUCAAACGUCAUCAAAGGACUCACACAGGGGAGAAACCAUAUCCUUGUCCUGAAUGUGAAAAAUGUUUCUCAAGGAAACUUUCUCGUGAUUGUCAUCAAAGGAUCCACACAGGGGAGAAACCAUUUUCUUGUUCUGAAUGUGGAAAAUGUUUUUCAGACCAAUCCCACCUUAAAACUCACCAUAGAACCCACACAGGAGAGAAACCAUUUUCAUGUUCUGAAUGUGGGAAAUGUUUUGUAAAAAAAUCUAAUCUACAAAGUCAUCAAAGGACUCACACAGGGGAGAAGCCAUUUUCUCUAAAUGAGGGCAAUGAUUUGCAUGGAACAGUUGUCUAAAAAUACUUUCACACUGAGGAAAACCGUAAACUCGUUAUACAAAGGGAGCAUCAGGCAAACAUUCUCUUUCAAGCAGAUUCCAUCUUAAUAUAUGUUUCAGUAUUUACAGAGAGGAACACAUUUGUGCCCCAUAAAAUAUUUCCUUAAGAGAAUCCUAAAGACUCCUGAUGGGCACUGGGCAAUUCUGAGACUG